ACACGCGCACAGCGCACUCCGUAUCUCGGGGAGUUUUGAACGAAUAGAGGACGAAGAGCAGUAGAGUUUCAUAACUGGGGAAGUUUUGUCUCUGUGCCAGGCCGGACUAUCUGUCAUCGGGAUUUUUUGUUUUGUUUUCCAGACUGCGGUGGGUUGACCGAUGCGUGUGACAUCGUAUUGUGCUUUUCGAGUGCGUCACUUUUUCAACGGAAUUCUAAACGGAGUUUUAGACAAACAAAACGUUUUUACGGAGACAGUUGCUUAAAGAGAUCUAACCGACGGGAAUAACAAAUUACGCGCAAGACUCCGCCGUUACCAUUCAGAACCUGGGAUCAUGCUGAUUUAUGACUAUCCACAGAAGAACAACAUGGAGAUGACAAGACUGGAGUCUGUUUUUCAGCCGUAUCCCCCGACCGAGGCCUACAGCGUCAUCUUCUCCCCUCACUCAUACCAGCCCACACACACCCAGUUCACACAACCUUUCUCACACACACUCACACACACCUCCAACCCCACAGCACAAACACAACUGGAACCAGUUGACCUGUCCAUCAGUAAAAGACCCUCCUCUUCAUCCUCUCCCUCUUCAUCCUCUUCCUCCCGCUCCUCCCCUGCCUCACCCCACCGCCGCUCUUCCCCCCAGCCCUCACUUCCCUUCCCUCUGAUGUUAGGGUCAGGCUCUGGGGUCACAGGGGUCGUUCAGGGGUCAGGGGUCAUGCUAUCCCAGGUCAUGCUUCAGCCGUUGCCUGUCCUCUUCCCCUCUGCUUUGCACCUGCCAAUCAUGGUCAACCACACUGUGUCUAAUGACAACCGGGAUCACCAUGACCACCAUCACCAUCAUCACCAUCAUCAUCAUCACCGGCCCACAGGCAGCUCUCAGCCCAACACAGCAUCCUCUAUGAAGACCGAGCUCAGAGGUGACACCCACCACGACCUACACAAACCAAUCAAAACGGAGCAUGCCCACGAAUACAGCCAAGAAAUGACCUCAUCAGUCAUGAGUGGGCCACGAGCCUAUAGCGAUAACAACCCAUCUGUGAUUGUCCAUUCUGGAGGUAAACAUCCACUGCCGGUUGAGUCUCCUGAUUCGCUCAAGAAGCGACGAAUCCAUCGUUGCGAUUUCAACAGUUGCAACAAAGUCUACACCAAAAGCUCCCAUUUAAAGGCUCACCGCCGCACACACACAGGAGAGAAACCCUAUAAGUGUGUAUGGGAGGGGUGUACAUGGAAGUUUGCCCGUUCGGAUGAGUUGACACGACACUUCCGCAAACACACCGGGGUCAAGCCGUUCCAGUGCCUGGACUGCGACCGUUCCUUCUCCCGCUCAGAUCACCUGGCUCUGCACAAGAAACGCCACCUGCUGGUCUGAACACGCCACUGCAACUGAAUGCAACUGAAUGCAACGCCUGCAGAACUCACCAUGAAUGCAGCCAUGUGAUAGUUGGACGUUGGACCAAACUAAAGUUCCACCCAGCAGAAUUGGAAUAAAUCCCCCCACCACACUCACAUACAUACAUACACACACACACAAUUCCACACUCUUUUUUCAGACAGUUCUUCAUCCACCCAAACAACCACCCGAACAUCCACCCAAAUAUCCACCUUGCAUCCAUCCAGCCAUUCCUCCACCCAUCCCUUUAUUCAUCGACCCAUUCAGCUGUGCUCUUUGUCUAUUCAUCCUCUGUGAAAAAAAAUGGUCUGAGUACUGCACCCUCUGCUGGUUGGAGGAACUACUGCAGUGUCUCUGAACUCAGCGGGCACACACA